GGCCAGAGGGAGCGGGUCCCGGCGUCGGUGGACGGAGCGCCUUGCCUUUGCCGAGAGACCCUUUCUGCUGGGGAGUGUCUUGUGGCGCCCUGGGCCGAGCGUGUAGCUCGGAUGGAAGGUCUUUCGGGCCAGUGCGAGGAGCCUCUUACCCCGGUUCCCUUUUCGGGCGGAGCCGGAGUUGGUGAUUGUUGAAUGAAUGAGCACGCUGUAAGCAGUCGGCGCUUCCUGGAGCCCGAUAAUUACAGCUCCCGUCUGGGGGAAGCCUGUGGUGUGCCAGCUGCUGUUAGGCACAUUCUGUCGUCUCAUCGUCCCCCAAAUCGAAGAAGUAGGUAGCUGCAUUUUACAGAGGAGGAAACUGAAGUGCCCCAGCUAAUAAAGAGCCAGAAUUGGAACCCAGGAAAGUGAAUUAAACUUAAUUGAGAAUGUCCGAAAACCCUGACAAGCCCAAUAUAAAUGAAGCAGGAAAAUCAAAAUCGAAUGAUUCUGAGCAAGACCUUGAAGAUGCUGUGAAAGGUUCUGAUGCCGCUCUACAGAAAACAGUAAAGUCGGGCUCUCCCAGCACCCAAAGAGUGCAGAGACCUCACUCUAGUCCUCCUCGAUUUGUGACAGUAGAAGAACUUCUAGAGACAGCGAAAGGAGUCACUAACAUGGCUCUAGCCCAUGAAAUUGUAGUAAAUGGAGACUUUCGGAUUAAACCAGUCGAAUUACCAGAAGACAGUUUGGAGAAGAGAGUGAAGGAGAUUGUACAUAAAGCUUUUUGGGAUUGCUUGAGUGUCCAGCUAAGUGAAGACCCCCCCACAUAUGACCAUGCCAUCAAACUUGUUGGGGAAAUCAAAGAGACUCUCUUAUCUUUCUUGCUGCCUGGUCACACUAGACUGAGAAACCAGAUAACAGAAGUCUUGGAUCUGGAUCUGAUAAAGCAAGAAGCAGAGAAUGGGGCCCUAGACAUUUCCAAGCUGGCAGAAUUCAUUAUUGGCAUGAUGGGGACCCUCUGUGCACCUGCUCGAGAUGAGGAGGUCAAGAAACUAAAGGACAUUAAGGAAAUAGUGCCUCUUUUCAGGGCAAUUUUUUCCGUGUUGGACCUCAUGAAAGUGGACAUGGCGAACUUUGCCAUCACUAGCAUUAGGCCGCAUCUCAUGCAGCAGUCUGUGGAAUACGAAAGGAAGAAGUUUCAACAGCUUUUGGAGAAGCAGCCAAAUUCCCUGGACUUUGUCACCCAGUGGCUGGAAGAAGCUGCAGAGGACCUUACAAAUCAGAAGUAUAAAAGCGCCCUGCCAGCUGGGGGAGGGGCUGCCGGCUCUGGGGACGGCCCCACGCCAAAUCCUGUGGCUGUCCAGAAUUAUGCAUACCUGAAGCUUCUGAGAUGGGACCACCUGCGGAGACCUUUCCCGGAAACCGUUUUGAUGGAUCAGGCUCGCUUCCAAGAGCUCCAGCUGCAGCUGGAGCACCUCACCGUCCUGGGAGCCGUGUUGCUGGUCACAUUCAGCAUGGCAGCCCCAGGAAUCUCCAGCCAGGCCGACUUUGCUGAGAAACUCAAGAUGAUCGUGAAGAUUCUGCUAACAGAUACACAUCUGCCCUCCUUCCAGCUGAAGGACGCCCUGACUACCAUCGGGGAGAAGGUCUGCCUGGAGGUGAGCAGCUGCCUGGCCCUGUGCGGGCUCACCCCCUUCACCACGGAAAAGGAGGCCGUGCUCAAGGGCCAGAUCCAGGCUGUCGCCAGUCCUGAUGACCCCAUCCGCAGGAUCAUGGAUUCCCGAAUCCUGAUCUUCUUAGAAAGCUACCUUGCCUCGGGUCAUCAGAAGCCACUGCCCACGGUACCUGGGGGAUUGGGUCCAGUUCAGAAAGAGCUGGAGGAAGUUGCUAUUAAAUUUGUCCGCCUGGUCAACUAUAACAAGAUGGUCUUCAGUCCCUACUACGACGCCAUCCUCAGUAAGAUCCAUGUGCGAUCCUGACGCGCCUGCGCUCUCCGGCGGCGGCGGUAUUAGCCUCUCCAUACAGAAUACCUAUUCUCGACUCUUGUGUUGCUUUGGAAAAUGGCUAUUUAGUACAUUUCUGUGUAACAGCCCUGAUUCCAAAGGGAAGAAUACUGUGUAUCACUGUUGAAAAGGGUUGUUGAAAAAGGCCCUGAAUUCCAGUUUGAAGGUUUGUAUUUAUGAGUGCAAGUUUACAAAUCAAGAAGCUUCUUGUUCUCUUACGUUUGAGGGGGCACUCCGCUUUUAGACGGUUGACAGCCGCAUGUCUGCACCCGACUCUGGCCUGAUUACAGCUGCCUGGUCUUUCCCGGGGGGCUCGGGCUUCUCUUCCACCAUCUGGGUAGUUUUCCUUUCAGACACCCAAGACGAUCUGCCAGCCACCAAGAAUGAGAGACCAAGCCAUGACGGUGUUGAGACUUUGCCCCCUGCCUGGCACCGACCCUCACUCUUCCCCCCUGCCUGGCACGGACCCUCACUCUUCCCUGCUCCCUGGCACCAACCCUCGCUCCCCCCCCCCCCAGCUGUUUUGUGUUGGAAGGGCUAUACAAGGCUUACUGCCUCCCUGUACCCCUUUGAUUGCUUUCUCCCUGCCUGGCCUAGCCAGAGCUCCAGAGCCCUUUUGUUCUAGAGGGGAGUUAAUUGAUUUUAGAAAGCUUAUUCUUUUAUACAGAAUUAUUUCUGAGCCUGGAUGAUAGCAGUUAUGACUUCUGGGAUCUAGAGAAAGGAAAUUCUUUGACUUUUAAGCUUUGAAAGUUAAGGAGGAAAUAUUUUUAUAAACCGUAUAUAUGUUGGUGUAAUUUAAAAGACACUGGAGUUUUUACUGAAAAAUUUGCUGAUACAAUACACAGAUGUAUUGAUUGGAUUUGAAUUUCAGAAAUAGAUUUAAAGUGUUUUCAGAUAAAACCGCAUAGUGUAAGCUCACUUAUUUCUGGGAUAAAGGAAGUCCUAGAAAAUCCCUGGUUUGGGAGCAGUAUUUUUUGAGGAACUUAAGUGACUGGAAUUCCUGACAUACCCAUCCUGUGGCUGAAAGGGUGACUGGGCUCUCACAGAUGACCCAAUCUGUUAGAAUAAAAAGUAAAAGGUAUGUGUAUGUGUGAGUGUGUACGUGUGUGUUUUAGACAGGGACACUCUAUCAGAAGCAGAGCCAUGAAGUUGGGUGUGAACUCCAAGUCCAGGAACAGCACAAGGCAAAAUAAUGCAGGGAAUCCCUCAAAAUGGUGGGGGCUGCGGUGGGGCCGGAGGCAGGCGUGGUGGCCUCCUGCCAGAGGAACGUUCGCUCUGUGACUAUCGAGUGGUACUGAGCUUCAGGAGAGGGUACGCUUGUGCUCGGUGGGAGGUGGGGGGGGAAGACUGUGAUUUCUCCAAACCUAUGCUACAAACUAUGUUCUAAUAGUGUUUUCUACUUGCAGUCAGAAAAGUAUGCUGCGUUAUUUGGUCAGAAGUCCUAUAAAGUUUAUACUCAAGGACAAAUCUUCCCUGGUUUCAUUGGAAGUGAAUAGAAGUUCAAUAAGUAGAACUUUAAAAGGACAAAAUCACGUCUUUUAUAGUGUGUCUUCAAAUGAGGUCGCUUCUGGAAUUUUUUCUGGAGCUGAGGUUGCUCUGUGGCAGCCAUACUUGUUGGUCAUGGGGGCCCCCCAUCCCCCAGGCUGAGAAGCCCGAGUGCGCUUUAAGUAGGCUCCAUGCCCAACACGGGGCUUGAACUCAUGACCCGGGGUUCAGGAGUCACGUGCUCUACUGACUGAGCCUCCAGCCUGUUGCAGCCCUCCCCCCAGCACUCUUUCA